GUGUCCUGUCUCUCCUGUCUUUCACUUUUCUGAUACCUGGUGUGUUCUUAUCUCUCGUAGAAAUGAAUUUCCUGAGCUUCGCAGUAGUUCUGGGCCUGUUCAUGGGUGCAUGGGCCGUGGUUAUUCCAAACAAGGUCCAGCUCCCAUGUGAUUCCCCUGAGGCAGAAGCUGCAGCUCUGGUGGCUCAGGAUUACCUGAAUGCCCAGCACACUCACGGCUACAAGUAUAUACUGAACAGGAUCGAAGACAUUAAGCUCUAUACUAAGCCUGGUGGUGAUGAUGCAUAUGUCCUGGAGGUUGACCUGCUGGAGACAGACUGUCAUGUCUUGGACCCGACGCCUGUUGCUAAUUGCACAGUCAGACCCAAAGUAUUAACGGUUGUGGAAGGAGACUGUGAUGUCGUGCUGAAGAAGGCGGGCGAAGCUUUUACCGUCACUGCAUUUAAGUGUAAAACAGAGGAAUCAACAGAGGACCUGUGUCUGGGUUGUCCUACCCUCCUGCCCUUGAACCACACUGGUGCUCUGGACUUUGUUCACGCCUCUUUCAACAAUUUCAACAACAAAACAGACAAAACAUUCACCAUUCUGGAGACUGGAAGGAUGAUGUCCCAGCUUGUGUCUGGUGGAAUGAUUUAUAAAGUAGAAUAUGUUGUAGCCGAGGCCAACUGCACUGGUGACAGCUGUGUACCUCUGAGCGAUCCCACGGCUGCUUAUGGUAUUUGUCAUGCAGAAGGUGUGAACACUGCUCACAAAACACACUGCAAGAUGUUUCCAGUUAUGACACCUGUUGUUGAUGUAAACAGCACUGCAGCUCCAGCUCCUGCUGCUCCACCAGUAGUCCACGUGCACACGGGCACCAUAUCACCUAAGCAUGGUCUGAAGUACCAUAAACUCACCACCCAUCAUGACCCCCUUCUCAGUGGCCUGCUGUCUGCAGAGUCAGCAGAGUCAAAUGAAGUGGUGCCUGCUGCACCUCCUACACAUCCUGCUGCACCUGCUGUAGCCACUGCUGGCCCCACUCCAGCCGCUGAUCCUGCAUCAGCCUCAGAUUCCUCAGGGAGUAUUGAGAUCCCUGUUAUUUUGACCAAGAGACAGGCGCCUGUCUUACCUCCACCACUCUGUCCAGGGAAGGUCAAGUUCUUCUAAGUGCCCGGGCUCCUCAGAGGGCACACAGACUGUUAAGCACUGCAUGGCUCAAACUGUGAAGAGAAUCUGUCCCACUGUAGGCACAUAACAUAAAUGUGUUGAAAUUCUGAAACAUGC